UGUCAGUGGGCUUUUAAACCCCCAACAACAAGAACAAGAGAGGGUGGUGGCCGCUGCCGCUACUAAGAAACAUUAACGUGUUUUGCUUCGCUUCUUGCUUUACGUCUUAAAAUUUCAGAACUCAUCAUGAAAGUGUUCCAUAUCUCCUUGUUGUUCCUGGCACUCAGUGUUUAUGUUGCUGCUGAAGAGGAUGUGGAUUUUGUAGACACUGCUUCUGAGGAAGAUGGAGAGAUUGCUCUGAAGUGUGAUGCUUGCAGAAUAAUAGCAGCUAAGUUUGCAGAAGCAUUUGUUGACAUCCAAGGUAACAUCAGUCCCACAGUUUCGCCUAAAGAUGAAGAAAUUAUUGAAGCAGCAGAGGGUACAUGUGAUGAAACAUGGGAAGGAUAUGGUGUGACAGUUGUGGAUGGAGUGGAGAGGCUCUCAGGACCAGGAGCUGAUAUAGAAGAUGGUACCAUUGAGAAGGAUUCUAUUUGGUCUCGUAGACUACAGGAUAUGUGUGAUAAUUCUGGUUUUAAUUUUUUUGUAUUUAUGUGUAUCAUUUCCUCUUAUAAAGUCUUCAUUUUGCCCCUCAGUGGUGAUGGAACCUUCGCAGCUUGCUCUUCAGACAACUGGGGUCCUUGGCCAGGUGAUGAUUAUGAAGACUAUGAUGAUGCAGCUGAAUUUGAGGACAUACAUGAUGAGUUUUGAUGAGUUAUUCAGUAAAUUUUAGUAAGAUGAGAAUUCUCAUUUUUUUUUUUGGGGGGGGGGGGUAAAUUUUAAGUGUUUUUUUUAGCUUUGUACUUUGCUAGUCUUGAUAGGUGAUAAGCAAUCUCAGUAAGGUAACAAGCUUUACUUUUUAUACUAAUGUAAAAAUUAACGAUAUAAGAUACAGCUUUAUUUGAAGCACUUUCAGUAGUGUCUCAUAACUUUUUAGAUUGUAGGUCAUUAUAAGUCAGUGUUUGGCAUUAUUAAGUUAUUAAGGAGUAAGGUAGUUUAGCCUUUUUCUCUGAACAAAGUUACAUUAUUUCAUGCCUAAAAUAUAGAGUGGGAUGCCUGUUGGCAUUACCAGAAUUAAAGAAUAACAUGAAAAUCUCUCUGUAGAAUACUGAGAGUAUCCCUUCAGAAUAUUAAUUAACAGAAAGUAUUCCUUCAAGAUGCAGUACUAAUUGAUAAAGUGUACCUACUGUUUCUCUGCUGAAUACAUUUUGUAUAAUUAGUAUAUGGUUUUAAGCAUGGAUCAAUAAUAUUGUAACUACAUUCCUCAGAAAUGCAUUUACUUAUACAGUGGACCCCCGGUUCGCGAUGCUAUCAGUAUCCGAUAAAUCCGGUAACUGAUGCAUUAUAUCGCAAAAAAUUUGCCUUGGUUCCCGUUACAAAACCCGGUAUGCGAUACGAUUCAUACGAGACGUGUCCAGUGUUUACAAGCCAGCCAGUGUGUGCGCAUCAAGGAUACAUUCGGUACAUUCUAUAUUAUCCAUAUUAUCACUGUUUUUGGUGCUUUUUUCUGCAAAAUAAGUCACCAUGGGCCCCAAGAAAGCUUCUAGUGCCAACCCAUCGAGACCAAGGGUGCUAAUAACUAUUGAAAUUAAGGAAAUGUGUGCAAAGUGGCUUGAAGUGCAAACCUUUUUUGAUGAAAGUCACCCUGACACAGCUACUGCAAGCCGUGUUGGCAACCUGUACACUGACAAUGUUGUGAACCACUUUAGGAAAGUCAUAAAGGAACGAGAGGUACAGGCCUUUCUGGACAGAUAUGUUGUGCGACAGAAGUCCAGUGACUCUCAAGCUGGUCCUAGUGGCAUUAAAAGAAGAAGGGAAGUAACCCCGGAAAAGGACUUGCUACCUCAAGUCCUAAUGGAGGGGGAUUCCCCUUCUAAACAUUAAAAACUUCGACACUCUCCCCUCCUCCCAUCCCAUCAAUCAUCACCAGAUCUUCAUUAAAGGUAAGUGUCAAUUAUUCUAUUGUGAUUAUUCUAUUGUUAUUAUUGUUAUUGUAAUUAUUAUAUUGCAUUAAACUUAAUAUAUCAUGUGGUAAAAGUUUUUUUUCAUACUUUUGGGUGUCUUGCAUGGAUUAAUUUGAUUUCCAUUAUUUCUUAUGGGGAAAAUUGAUUCGCUUUCCGAUAAUUUUGGUUUACGAUGAGCUCUCAGGAACAGAUUAAUAUCGUGAACUGGGGGUCCACUGUACUGACAGUCAGUCAUUAGUGUCUGUAUAUUCAGACAGUACCCACUCUUAUGAAUACAGCUGCUACACUUGUUGAGAAAGUUUGUAAAGAAAAAUCUUUAUAAUGUAAAUCACCAUUUCUUAUAGAUAGUUACAGUGGAACCUUGGUUUUUGUUUGCCCUGGUUUUCGUCAAAUUUGGUUAUCAACGACUUUUUUUUUGUCAAAAUAUUGUCCCAGUUUUCAUUCGUCACCUUGGUUUUUGUCCACUGUGCCAAAUGUGUCUGCGCCCCCAUGCCCACACAAAGCAUCCCAUGCACACAUUCUGAGUCAGCCUGGCUUUGUUUCUUGUCGAGUGAACAUUACCUUGAGCGUUCAUAUGAAACAUUUUGCAAUAAUCGAUUGUUUUUUGUGCUUGUUUAUUGAGUGCGACUGCUAAAUAAGCCACCAUGGGGCCAAAGAAAGUUCUGAGUGCCAGCCCUUUGACAAAGAAGGUGAGAAACACAAUAGAAUUCAAGAAAGAACUCGUAGAAAAGUACAAUUAAAAAGUGAUUAAGGACAUUUGUGCAAAGUGGAGUGAGGUGCAAAGUUUUGUGGAGAAAUGUCACCCUAACAAAGCCGUGUCUACAUGUUCAAUGACAAUGUCGUGUCCCAUUUUAGGCAAAUCUUAAAAGAGACACCAGAAACAGGCCUCUCUGGACCGGUUUUUUUGUGCGACAGGGGUACAGUGACUCUCAAACUGGUCCUAGUGCCAGUAAAAGAUAAAGAAGGGAAGUAACCCCCAGGUAGGGACUUGUUAUCUGAAGUCCUUAUGGGAGGGGAUUCCCCUUCCAAACAAACUCUCUGCCCUCUCCCCUCCUCACUGUCUUCCAUGCACCAACAAGAGUCUUCAAUAAAGGUAAAACUGAUUUAAAUGUUCAUUUAUCCGUUAAAAUUAGUGAUUUAUAUUUAUUUCUCAUUGUUUUCUGUAUGUAAAACUAUAGUUUUUUUUUUUUCAACAAGUCGGCCGUCUCCCACCGAGGCAGGGUGACCCAAAAAAGAAAGAAAAUCCCCAAAAAGAAAAUACUUUCAUCAUCAUUCAACACUUUCACCACACUCACACAUUAUCACUGUUUUUGCAGAGGUGCUCAGAAUACAACAGUUUAGAAGCAUACACAUAUCCCUCCAAACUGCCAAUAUCGUUAUAUAGUUAUUCUCUAUAAAAUGUAUUUUUUAUUAAUAUUUUUGGGUGUCUGGAACAGAUUAAUUGGAUUUACAUUAUUUCUUAUGGGAAAUAUUGCUUUAGUUUUCGUCAAAUUUAGUUUUUGUCAGACUCUCUGGAACGAAUAAAAAACGAAAACCAAGGUUCCACUGUAUAAUGUUUCGUUACCUUCCAAAAUGGCUUAAAAAUUAAUACAAAACACAUUAGCAUCAGAAACAAUGUAACUCUUGCAAACCCUAUUAUACUAUAAAGACAGUAGGCUGAUGCUGCUGACUUAAACCUGUGGCAGAUAUCAUAAUCAGCUAUUUAAAAAAAAAAUUAGUAAAAAAUCUUUUACAAGAAUCAGACUAAAACAGAGCAUUCAUUUUUUUUUUUUUUUUUUUUUUUUUUUGAGAAGAAUCUUGUGAGUGAGUGUACAUUCAGAUGACAAGUCAAGCUUAAGGUAUACACUUCAUUACAAAAGUUUGUGUUGAUGAAAUUUUCCAUUGUGAAUCUUUGUAAAACAAGGACUGACUGGACAAGUUAGGAUGGUGAGGCAAGUUAAUGUUUGAAAGUUAAUUGUAGAUAUAAUUACCGGAAUAAACUUACAAUUCAUAAAUACCAUUUUUUUUAAAACAACUAGUUUUUACUACAGAUGCUUCAGGCUGGAACUUGAAUUUUAGACUAGUAAAUAAUAUAGUUAUAUACCUGGAGUUUACCUGGAGAGAGUUUCGGGGGUCAACGCCCCCGCGGCCCGGUCUGUGACCAGGCUAUAGGCAAUAUUUUCAGACUGUAACAGUUAUAUAAUGACUACAUAAGCUGUAUUCGGUGGAAAGUUUUGCACAAUACUGUGCAUACAGUACAGUAUAUGGUUUGUUAAGCUAAUGUAUCUCAAUUUUUCAGUAAGACUGUGCUUGCAUUCCAGGACAUUAAUUGGUAUCAGUCAUUGGUAAGCAGUCAUUGAUAAAGACUAACAUGUAAUGGACACACUAAUACUGUAGUAGAGAAUGAAAGGAACAGCACAAAAAAAAUUAAUGAUAGCAGUCAGUAAUAAAAAAUAUGGCCUCAUGUCUGCAUGUGUUGCUGACUAUAAAUGUUACUUUUCAGAAUGAUACUGUGCCAUAUUUGCUUAUUUAUAUGAAAAUCUUUAACUUGCUAGCACUGUAUUUACACAGAUGUCCUUUGCCAGAAGUUGGGGUUGUGCUUAGCAAGUUGAAUUCUGAACAGUCUAUAAUUUAAUACUGUACAUUGUAAGUAUGAAUUUGAUCAUGGAAAAGUGCUUAUGUCUUAUUGUUUGUAGCCCCUGCUGUUGGUUUCAAAAAGAAUAAACCCCCACAUCUCUCAGUGUCACAUGUGUAAAUUUUUUCAUGUGUGUGUGUGUGUGUGUGCAAUUACCCUCCAUCUAGCUCACUACUGUACUUAGAGCAGUGGCCAUAAAUUGUAUGACAAUAUAAUUACUUAAUUUUAUUUAAUAUUUUGAUUGAUGUUAUUGUUUUAUAUUACUUUAUAAUAAAUAUUUACUAAACAGUA